GAAAAAGAGAGAGAGAGAGGGAGAGAGGGAAUAAAGGUUCAAGGAAGGCAUGCUUGCUGUUAGGCAACGAGGCUCUGAAACAUCACAUGAUUACGAAAUGUUCCGAUUUCAAAACCUGUUUCAACUGAAGCGUUGAUAACCCAACCAUUAUUUUCGUUCAGCUAACUUGAACUUCAGUGAGUACCCAAAGACGAGAAUGACCUCAAAUGAAGUGUUAAUCACCGAUUGCGAAGAGCCUCCGGAACGUCAUGGCUACACGCCCAUUCCAUCGAGUGAUCCCGCUCCCGAGGACGAACAACAAACAUCCCUAAGCCGGGUCAGUCUCUGGCUAGAGCAACACCCCACAUUCAAACAUGCCUUGGGCCUUUCUUUGGCCCUCGUCUCCGGAUUGAUCUUCACCACCAGUAGCUUCCUGAUCAAAUUCUUCAAUGUGGAUUCAGUGGAGGCCGUCACUGUGCGUUCAGUAUUACAAACCCUGGUUAUGGCCUCGGUGGUCAAGUUGAAUGGAUUCAAGUUCUGGCCCAAUGAGCCCCAUGUUACCAAUGGAGUCCGAGCUUGGCUUGUGGUUCAAGGUCUCUUGGGAGGAAUCAUGGUCAUGUCAGGAUUUGUCUCCUUAACCCUUAUACCUCUGGGCGAUGCCCUCACGUUGUUCUUCUCCAGUCCCGUAUUCACGUCCAUCUUCAGCCAUAUUGUAUUGGGCAACCGUCUCAAGCUCUGGAAGUCCUUCUUCAUUACCCUCCUCAUUUGCGGCGUGAUUUUUGUUGUGCGGCCGCCCAUGAUUUUCCCCCCUUCCCAAACGUUUCAUUCGCGACGUCGCCGCAAUGCGCACGAAAUCACUCAACCUCACGAUUCCACUUAUUAUUUGGGAGCCGGUUUAGCCUUGAUGGGAUCCAUUCUUGCCGGGGUUUACAGCGUCGUUAUUAGCGGGCCCCUUCGCGAUAUCAAAGCAUCGGUCUCUAUAUUCUACGUGGGAUUGAUGACCUUUUUUAUUGCCAUCUUUGGUACGGAAUUGGACGAUAAACAGAGGAUAUUUUCACCGCACAUUGGAGAGAUUACUUUGGCAGAGUGGGGUGCGUUGUUUUUGAUUGCAGCAUUGGGGGUGGCUGCCUACUUUUGUGUGACAUCGUCCCUCCAAUUAAUCGAACCGACUAUUGUGAGUGUGUUGCGGGCUUUGGAAAUAGUGUUUGGAUUUGUGAUUCAGACCUUCAUCAUGGGUCAUCAGCCUUCUGAACUGAGUGCAUUUGGAGCGGCCUUGGUUCUCAUUUCAGUGAUUAUGAUCUCGUUAGAAAGGCCCAUUGUCAGAUUGGUGCCCGUGUCAGUGCGACGCUGGUUGUAGCACGAUGAAGCACAAUAAAAACACAUGUCAAGAUUAAA